UUAAACGAGCAUUUCUAAAUAAAUUAAUGAUGUGCAAUGGUAACAAAUUGAAAAAUUAUUAAGGAAAGUUUGACAAUUAAUAGUACUACUUUUGAUAGUAUUGAAAUAUGAGUGAAUAAGACUAUUCAAGUGCCCAGUUUGAUGUUUUUUAUAAUCCUUUUCAUAAUAUAUACCACAUAUAAUUCUUAUUCAUAUAUAAAGUAGAAGAAAUUAAAUAAUAAUUCCGUAAAAUAACAAGAGUGGUGCUGAAAAAAUUAAUUUCAGGACUGACAGCUGAGAAGGGCCAAAAUCAUAGAUUGAGAUUCAAUGAUGCACAACAGAAAAUUUCGAAAAUGAUUCCUGAAUUAUUGAACUUUAUAUGCAAAAUAGAACAUUCAUUCAAUGAAUCCAUAUAUAAUAUCGUAAUUUAUUUUUAUUUGUUAUUCAUUAAUAAGCCUUCUAUUAAAAAAAAUAUAUAUUAUACUUUCUUGUUAACACUAGAUGAUGUGUGAUCUCUAUGAAAAAUAUUUGGCGGUAAAUUUUUUAAACCAAUAUGAUUGAAGAAGAAACAAAUUAAAAUCUAGGCAUAAUAAAAAUGUGUGAUCAAUAUUUGUUAGCAUACCACAAGAAUGAACUAUACGAUAUUUUGAACAGUAAAAACGACAGUCACCAUUUCUCAAUUAAUAUUAACUUUAUUGUUUUAUUCGAUAAUGAUCCUAGUCUAGGCAAUAAAGUUUUGAAAGAAGCUGAUAAUCUUCUAGGAGAAUUGGAUGAAGGAGCUCAAAAAGCUCAAAAAAUAUUAAUAUCAGAUUUACUUGAUAAUGGAACAGAAGCAUCAUUCAAAAAUAAUGUACAUUGCCGAAUAUAUGGCUUGCCCAUUUGUCCAGAACUUCAUAGAAACCUUUUCCCAAAAAAUUAUGAUGCAAAUAAAUUUUUACAAGUUUCAGGAACAGUUGUUCGUAUAUCAGCAACAAAAUUAUUAGAAUUCAAAAGGGAAUAUAUAUGUUCUAAAUGCAAAUAUAAAAUUAUUUCAUAUGCAGAAUAUGAGAAGAAAAACAUUAUAUCCCCUCCCAAAAAAUGUUUAAACCCUGAUGGUAAUUGUAAUAGUACAAAUUUAAUAAGUUCAGAUGAACUCAAAUCACAAUUUUGCAAAGAUUAUCAAGAAAUCAAGAUACAAGAACAAGUAUCGCAGCUUGGCUUUGGUACUAUGCCAAGUUCUAUGUGGGUUAGUCUAGAGGAUGACUUGGUUGAUUCUUGUAAACCAGGAGAUAAUGUUACAAUUUGUGGCAUUGUAAAAAGAAGGUGGUCCCCUUUUUCACCAGGAAGAAUAUUUGAUAUUGAACUUGCAAUAAAAGCAAACCAUAUCCAAAUAAACAAUACGUGUGGUCUACCAAAUUUAGUUACACCAGAAAUUAAAGAAUUAUUUAGUCAGUUUUGGGAUACUUACAAAAAUAUUCCCAUUUUAGGUAGAGACAUUAUCCUGAAAUCAUUUUGUCCCCAGAUAUUUGGUCUUCAUAUUGUAAAAUUAGCAAUCGCAGUAGUGUUGGCAGGAGGUAGUGCAGCCAAUCAAGACUCUUCAACAGGAGUAAAAACCAGAUCUGAGCCUCAUUUAUUACUUGUUGGUGAUCCAGGUACAGGGAAGUCCCAACUUCUGAGAUUUGCAUCUAAAGUUGUUCCCAGAUCAGUACUAACAACUGGGGUGGGCUCAACUGCUGCUGGUUUAACAGUUACAGCAAUGAUGGAGGAUGGCGAAUGGCAAUUAGAAGGUGGAGCUUUAGUCUUAGCUGAUGGUGGAAUUUGCUGCAUAGACGAGUUUAAUUCUAUGAAAGAACAUGAUAGAACAAGCAUUCAUGAAGCUAUGGAACAACAAACAAUAAGUGUAGCGAAGGCCAGUAUAGUAUGUAAACUUAGUACAAGAUGUUCUAUUUUGGCAGCAACAAAUCCAAAAGGAAAUAUUGAUCCCAUGCAACCCUUAUGUAUGAAUUUGGCUUUAGCAACCCCACUUCUUAGUCGCUUCGAUUUGAUUUUACUUAUAAGGGAUACAGUCCAAGAGGAAUGGGAUUCAUUAGUGGCUGAUUAUAUACUGACUGAAACAAAGGACAACGAUUCAAAAUUCACAAAAAGUCAAGAAUGGAGUUUAGAAAUGUUGCAAGCUUACUUUACAAUAAUCAAAAAAAUUCACCCACCACUAACUGAAGAAGCUAAUAGAAUAUUGGCUAGUUACUAUCAACUCCAAAGAAGACAAAGCUCUCGAAACAAAUCAAGAACAACUGUACGACUUUUAGAUAGUCUUGUCAGACUCUCACAAGGACAUGCUAGGUUGUUAUUUCAUGAAUCGGUUCAAAUCAUCGAUGCAGUAAUGGCUGUGAUUCUAGUUGAAAUAGGUAUGGGAUAUCAGGAGGAUUCUAUAUUAAAUUUGGAUAUGAAUAUUCACAGCAGUUUCCCAGAUGAUUCAAUCAAUAGUUAUGUGGAGUUAUUGAAUAAUGUUCUAGAGAAAUUGAAUCUUCACGAUAUCCUUGAGCAAGAAAUUAAUUCUUUGCAUUCUGAAAUUGAUUCAUUGAACUGUGGGAAUGAAAUAACAACCAAAUCGAGAUAUUUUCAGAGUAUGAAAAACAAAGAACCAACUUCUAAUAGAGAUAGCAAUAUUAUUGAAAGAGAUGACAAUAAACAUGAAGAAGACAAAGAAACUCUUCACAAUUCUGAAAUGGAAAGAAGUAUAUUUCAAGAUGAUAAUUCCAUUGAUAAUUUAGAUUUAAACAUCUAGUUUUGUAAAUGUGUAUGAGGUAAUAGAAUACAUCUGAACUUUUAA